UCCUACCAUUAAAAAAAUAUUAUAAAGUAGAUCUUAUAUUCAACCUUGACAACUGGCAUGAUAGCAGCUAUUGACCAAUCAAGAACCAGAAUAAAAUGCAUUUCGAUACAAUGAUGCUCAGUUUGUUACUUACUAUUGCAGGAUUACCCCACAAGACUACGUCACUUAUUUCACACUACUUACAAGACCAAAACGGCAUCAUUGCGACCAUAGAUGGCUACAUACCUCGGUGCAAGGGAUGUAUUGUGUUUGGUAAGGACCCGCUUUUAGUCUACGGCAGCAUGCACGUACCACAAGACAAGAUGCACCUCAUGGACAACGCCUAUUUUCUUACCGAGGUUUGCGGCUUUGACAUGGAUUGUAGCGAAUAUGAAUAUCCUUGGAUGUCGGUGUGCGUUUUCAAUAAGUCGGUUUUUGCCAAAGGCUGCAGCUUCCUCAUUCGUGAGUACGAGCAUGACUGCUACUGCGAUGAUGCUGAACCAAAGCGCUGGUAUUCUUUUCUGUACGGCGAAGCCUUUGAGAGGACAGACUUCACCGUCAGAUUUUUUUUUGAGGCUGACGCAGCGAGAGGAUACUGGGAGUACAGACCUCCAUUAACUUCGAGCAACUCGACUCUAAAAGUACAGGAUCUGAUUGAUCGUGGGGACGUUGUUUUCAACCACAAAGUCUCUAGAAGAUCAACUAACCGGUCAACUUGCCUGACAUCAGAUUUUUCACUUCAGAUGACCUCAGUGGCCAUAAUCUUUGCAAUCGUUGGUUUGGUCACGUGAUAGGAUUAAAUACACCUGUUGGCCAGAAUUGGAUUUGAUCCGACGAUGAGAAAGAAUUACCAUGACAACACACUUAUUUAGUCAACUUACCCAAGGUUACACUGCUCACACGCGAUUUUUUUUUUAGAAUUUUAGCCACCAUUUUGUUUUCUUACAUUUUCUAUCAGCUUGUUCGCAUUAUUUUUAGUAGGAUGUAGCAUAGCAUGUCAGUACAUCAAUAAAGAAGAUUUAAAUCCAUGCAUGUAAGAGAUUUAAAUACAUUUUACGCCAAUAUUUUGUUACACCAAUAACAAAACAAUGCAUUAUAUUUCUAUAAUACUUAGAAUGAAUUCG